AUGGCCGAUAUCAAGGCGGUCCUCCUGGAUGUCAAUGGCACCCUGUACUCCGUGGGCGAUGCUGCCGAACCCGCAUUCCGAGAGCUGGGGCUGGACCCCGCCCUCGCGCCGGCAUGGUUUGCCAACGUCCUGAAGGAUGCAUUUGCAGCACAGCUGGCGGGGUUUUUCCAACCAUUCAGGGAGUUUGCGGGCGACCACCUCUACAAGCUGCUCGCACAGAACGGCGACACCAUGCCCAACGUCCCGGCGGCGGUGGACACGGUGAUGGCGGCCCUGACGGCCGCCCACCCCUUCCCAGACGUAGGGCCUGGGGUCAAUGCGCUGCAGGCCGCCGGCCUCCGCAUCUCCGUCAUGACCAACGGCUCCGCCGCGCUGGCCAAGGCGCCGGCGCCCGCCGCCUACCAGUUUGCCGUGGAGAAGCUGAAGCUGCAGCCGUACGAGGUCCUGCUGGUGGCGGCGCACCCCUGGGACGUGUUUGCGGCGAUGCGGGAGGGGCUGCAGGGCGCGUAUGUGCAGCGGGAGGCGCUGGCGCACUGGCCGACGUACCUCCCAACCACGCCGAGGUACACCGUCAGGUCGCUGGAGGAGCUGGCGGCGCUGCUGAAGCCGUAG